GGAGUCACGGCACAUGCAACAACCUUCAAUGGAGACGAAUGGCAGCGAACUCUUCAAUUCGAAACACCGAGUUCGAGGUCUGACUGACCGUCAUGGAUGCGUGCGGAGAUAAAAACUUGUUCGGACCCAUUAAAAAUUGUAAGGGCUAUGGCGACCUGAAUAUUCGUCAGGGCAUGAGCGUCGGCCUAUUCCCUGACGAACAAAUCGUGGCGGCUGACACCUCUGAAGACGACCUACUCUCGAAGCGUAUUAAAGGGGAGGCAGGAAAACGUGGAGAAGAAUGCAUUGAGCACGAACAGUGUGAAUAGGAGGAGCAUCAAUUGGAAUGCUUCGACCACGAGCUUGAGAUUCUUCGGCCAAGGAAACAGCUCGUUGCCGAUCAGAUAGUUUGAACCACUGUCUGUUUGCAGGAUAAUGGUGAACUGAGACUGUCCAGAAGAAUCUGACCAUCAACGACGGAACAGAAUUUCUUGUCCCAGUUUUAAUAGUCACCUCGAAACUUCCUGUACAUCCUCACGGCGAUUGUGACCUCUUAGAUUAUGACUUCUUGGAUUAUCAACAAACUAAACAUCGCUCGGCUUCGCUUGAUUUUGAGAAUAUCGUUGUAUUUCGUAUCAUUCUGAGAGGGAGUUUAAUUUGUGCUUGGACGAAAGAGCAAACAUGUAGUACACAUUGCCCUAAUUUUCUAUGUUCCAAAGGAUUUCUUCUAGGCUUGUACGCUAUGCCUAGCCUCAGUUCAUUACAUUAAUAUGACCCCUGAACCAUUGUGUCGUGAAAUCUUUUCCAUUAUUUACCUACAGUAACUUCCGAUUGAAUAAAGUGC